AUGGCCGAUGCAGGGCCUUCUACUUCAAGCUAUAAUUCAAUUAUUGGAGAUGACAGUAAUUGUUUGCCAAAAGGAACAAUAUCUCAACGACAAACGUCUCUUAAAGACUUUUUUACCAAUUUUAACGAAACUGAAGAAAACGAAAACGACAUCAGCAAUAUCAACAAUUACCUUCGAGGAAUUCAAAGUUCUAUUAAAGGAGAACGAACUUUACAUGACGUUUUGCGAAACAUCACUAGAGAGCAAGCUACUUACUUUCUUGAAAGAAGUGUGGGAAAAAAAUUUUCAGGAGGAUUAUAUUGGUAUGUCUUUCACGAGGACCACGCCCACAUUGUCCACGACUGCUCCUAUGCCAGUGGAAAAUGCCGAUGUUCCAGAAUCCAAUGUCUCCCAAUUAAAGGAAAAUCUCGAAGACAUCAUCGAAACUAUUAUUUCUCCGAACGAUACUUUUACAAUCUCACAAAAUAUUUGCUUCAACCGCCUAGACAAUUUUUAUACAUUGAAAUCGCCGGGAGAACAAGGGGCAUACCUAAUCAAAUUGGAAAUUUAUCCUACGAAAGAUAUCUCCAACUUGGAAAAAAAUCAAUGGUGGAGAGCAGCGGCAGUGAGAAUGAAUUUUCUAACUGCAUCGAAAGUGGACCCACUCCACAUUCUAGUAGAUCAGGUAUCUAUAAAAGCGGCAAAUCGUUUAAAAAAAAUUCCAAAUAUUCAAACAGAAGUAAAGAAGAAGAAUUAUUGGAAUUCUUUAAGCAAUUUCCGUCAAGCCCCUUAUUAAAUAUAUUAAAUAGUUCUGUUUGGCUUAAUUCUAAAUUUAAAUUUUUUCGACGUUCUGAUCCGACCAUAACUACAGUAUUUGACGUAUUUUCUAUGCAAUUUAUUGAUUAUACUGUACAAAAUAUUUAUGAUUAUUCCAUUUCAGUAGCUCCAUUAUAUGCGUCAGUUAAAGGAAAUAUCAAUGAAUAUUAUUAUGAUGAACAUGAAAGUUUAACAAUAGCUAUUGAAUUUUUACAGUUUCAGUUCAAUAAUGAUGAGGAUUUAAUUAAAAUAUUUUUAAUAGAUUUAUAUAUUAUAGAUAAAAAAAUUCCUAAAGUUAAUGCAAUGCAAAUUAUAGCACCUCCAUCUGCUGGUAAAAAUUAUUUUUUGAUUGUGUAA